AUGUGUUUGCCGAGCCACGCACUGUGCCAGGUGAUUCCUCCAACCACAGGGUUUUUUGUCACGCGCGCAAGACGGAUGCUUACAGGCACGUAUUCAAACCGUGUACUAUGUUUUUUUUUUGUUUGGAAUUUCCGGCUUUGCUUUCGCCCUUUUCCUGUUUUCGUUUUCGUGGGCCUGUGCGCCACGUCACUGUUGCACUGUGUGGCCAAAACGCCAGUCCGAACAUUCAUUUAUGUGGGUUGCCGCAUCCGACACAAGAGGAUAUUGUGGUAUGCCCCGUUGCCAAAGUACGGGACUUGUACGCUACUAUAUCACGGCCGUGAUUACUAUGUUUCGCCUCUUCUUCCUUUACACACGGAGCAGCUGGGGCAGUACAACGGUGCUGUGCACGUGACGUGGGAACGCUUCUGA